CUGACCCCUAGAAGAGAAUUGGGCACCAUUAUGGUGGAAGCUCAGCACUUUUCCUCCUGGAGGCCAGGCUUGCACAAGCUGCGCUCUUUGUAACAACACAAGCUCCCUGUUCCCCAGGAUUUCAGCUAGCACUGCUGCCCAGGGGCAGCAACCCGAGGUGGGCAUGGCUCCACACCGUGGGUAACGAUGACACCACCCCUCCCCCUGCCAUCUUCCCCAACCUAGCCUUCCCAGUAAUCCAGGUGGAAAGGCGUGCUCCCACUGGCAACCAGAGGUGUCCCAGCUUGUAGGGCUGGGAGCAUGGGGCAGGCAAUGUCACCACAGAGCUUAGCUGUUUGGUCGCCAGCCUAAAGAGACCAUCACAAGCAAAGAAAAACACAGAAGAAUUAACAAGAAAAGAAUGUACCAGUAUAACACAAAGAGAACGGAAGAAGAAGAGGAGGAGGAGAAAGAAGAAGAAGGAGGAGGAGGAAGAAGGAAGAAGAAGGAAGAAGGAAGAAAAAAGGGCCUUCCGCCCUGUUCCAUUAGGGGUGACCUGCCAUGAAAUCAGGUUCUACUCAACUACAGAGUUUGAAAUGGUGCUUGUCAUUCUGCCAGACCAGAGAGUGGAGCAACGUAUCUGUUGAGCUCCAUCAGAUCAGAGGCCAAAGCAGCAGCUAAGCUCUGCCAAACCAGAGACCAGAAAGCAGUGACAGAGGUGCCAAGCCUGGGGCUCCACAAACUGUACCCAUCCCUUGGCACCUCCUCACCACCAUCACCAGAGCCUAUGGAGCAUGGCUCCAGCAUCCCUGAAAUGGGCAAGAACUAAGUCUAGGGGGUUAGAAGGAGUCUGUCCCUUGUUGUCAGUCAGUCCCGGAAAACAGGCAGUGACAGACAAGACACUCAAAAAGAAAGACACACACAGAGCCAAACAACAGAUCCCACCACUCCUGUGGUGGAAAAACCAAAAGUAGGACAGCACCGAAGCGGCACUGUGGCAGUUACCCGCCUUGUCCUUAUCCAAAGAUCCAAAGAUCACAGGCAACUGGGUGCUCUAUCACCCUUUACAGAUAGGGAAGCAUCCGUCCCCUGGGAAGGGGUCUGGAAUAUCCUCCAGGUCCGCUGUGGCCCACGGUUGCCCCGUGCAUCUGCUCUAACCGUUCCCGGCCAUGCAGGUUACAGAUUUUGCCUCAAGGCCUGAAGCAGAAACUAGAGGAACACCCACACAGACACAGACAGAGUGCUCACUUACCGGGAGGUGCUCAGCUCCACAUGCCAGGGGUCCGAAGGAGUCUUGGUGAGCCCCAAAAUGUUAUGCCCAGGGACGACCAGGAGCCAGUGAUUGGCUGACUAACAUACCUAACAUUGAGCAAGCUAUCUAUUGACCUAAGGAAUGUUGGGUAUUUUCUGUGCCACGAAAUGUUCUACUGUAAGAUUGUUGGGCUGCUCGGCACAGAUGCCCCGUCACCCAACCGAGAGGCGCGCAAGUCUUCCGAAAGGCUUUGUCGCCCCGGGUACCCGUGUAUCGAAAUAAACCUCUGCGGCUUGCAUCCGAAGGCUGGUCUCACUGUUCCUUGGGAAGCGGGGUCUCCCCGUCUAGAGAGGCUCUAGCGGGAGUCUUUCAUUUGGAGGUCCCACCGAGAUUUGAGACCCCCGCCCAGGGACCACCGACCCAUCAUCGGGAGGUAAGCUGGCCAGCAGAGUGUCUCUUGUCUUCAUUCCGUCAUGUGUUUGUUGCCUGUUCUAUCUCUUGAGAUUUGUACGAUUCAGCUGAGUCGCUCUGUAUUAGGCGGAAACUAGAAGGAGCUGAUGAGCUCGGACUUCUUUUCCGCAACUCUUGGGAGAUAUCCCAGGAGUGUCUGGGGGCCCGAUUUUGGGGGCCCGUCUGUUUGGAGACACGACCCAACCCGGACUUUUUGGGGCUUCGCCCCUGUCCGAGGACUAAGUGUCUCUUUUGGGAGACGGGGGAUCCGGACCCUCUUCACAGUCUCCAUCUGAAGUUUUGCUUUCGGUUUGGCGCCAGAAUCGUGUCGCGCGCUGCGUUUGUGUCACUGUCUGUCUAUUGUUUGUCGGGUUUGUGUUUGGUGUUAGUCUCUUUGAAACCAUGGGACAUUCUCUAACCACCCCCUUAAGCCUCACUCUACAGCACUGGAAGGACACCCGGAACAUCGUUCGUAGUCACUCUGUAGAGAUCCAGAAAGGAAAAUGGGACACCUUCUGCUCCUCAGAAUGGCCGACAUUUAACGUCGGCUGGCCACGAGAUGGCACCUUUAACCUAGAUAUUAUUUUCCAGGUUAAGGCGAAAGUCAUGGAUUUAGGGCCACACGGCCACCCGGACCAGGUACCCUACAUUGUUACUUGGGAAGCCCUGGCUCGGGAACCACCCUCAUGGGUCAAGCCGUUUGUCACCCCCAGCCCCCUUGCUGUUCCCUCUGCCCCUGCCCUACCUCCUCCGCUGGUCCCCACACCCUCUAAGUCUGCCCUCUACCCAGCUAUAACAAAGCAGACCCAAGGACGUGAUCCAGGGGGCAAAAAGACACCGACGCCCCCGGUACUGCCAGCAGACGAUGGCCCCUUGUUGGACCUGCUGACUGAAGAACCUCCUCCCUAUAGGGACCAAGAGCUGGGAGAAGCCGCCAUAGCUGGACCCCAGGAGGAACCGGCUCCUUCCCUGAUGGCGGGGCGAUUGAGAGAGCGCCGAGAGGCCCCUCCAGAUUCCACAUCUCAGGCUCUCCCAUUACGAGCGGGACCCGACGGCCAGCUCCAAUACUGGCCUUUUUCCGCUUCAGAUCUAUAUAACUGGAAAAACAAUAGCCCCCCUUUCUCUAGGGACCCUUCUAGACUUACUGCUUUAAUCGAGUCCAUUUUAGUAACCCACCAGCCCACCUGGGACGAUUGUCAGCAGCUGUUACAGGCCCUCCUGACCACCGAGGAGAAGCAACGGGUCAUUUUGGAAGCCCGUAAAAACGUUCUGGGGGAUAACGGGCAGCCUACUCAGUUGCCAAACGAGAUCAACAAGGCCUUCCCCUUGGAACGACCUGAUUGGAACUUCGCCACAGAGGACGGUAGGAAUCACUUACGUCUCUAUCGCCAGUUGCUGAUAGCGGGUCUCCAUGGGGCAGCAAAGCGCCCCACUAAUUUGGCCCAGGUUAAGUUAGUGACCCAAGGGUCAGAGGAAUCUCCCUCCGCCUUCCUAGAACGACUAAAGGAAGCCUAUCGUGUGUACACCCCCUAUGAUCCGGAGGACCCUAACCAGGCUACCAAUGUGGCCAUGUCCUUCAUCUGGCAGUCUGCCCCGGAUAUCAAAAAAUAUUUUAGAAAGGCUUGAGAACUUAAGGGAAAGUAC